AACUUGUAAUUGGGAAACCCUCUGAGGUGUGUUUUCAUUCCAAAUCUGAACUGGGAACGGUGUAAAGGAACAACCAAAUUUGGGGUGUCCAAACAUAGUACAACACUAGAAUAUUCCCAGCUUAGCACUUCUUGUUCAUGUAACCAAAAUAACAAACAUCAAAGCCCUAAUUCCUCUCUCUCUAUAAAAUUUCAACAAAUUCUUCCACGCAAAUUUGUGCUUGCGCCACAACAAUUUCCAAUUUAUAAAACUGUGGCAUCUUGCUUCGGCGCAUUUUCCCUCUUUAAUUUACAAAAAAUGGGUUGUUUUUGCUCCAAAGUAAGUAAACAAAUUGCCGUGGAAGAAGAAGAUCCAAUGAGUCUUUCGAAGCAAACAGUUUUUAGUGUUAGUGAGGUUGAAGCACUGUUUGAGCUUUUUAAACGUAUUAGUGGAUCUGUCAUUGAUGAUGGACUAAUAAGCAAGGAAGAAUUUAUAUUGGCAAUUUUCAAUAACAAGGAAAAAGACAAUCUCUUUGCAAGUCGAAUCUUUGAUUUAUUUGAUGUAAAGAAGAAAGGAGUUAUCGACUUUGGCGAUUUUGUUCGAGCACUCAAUGUUUUCCACCCACAUACACCUCAAAAAGUCAAGAUAGAUUUUUCAUUUAGACUCUACGAUUUGGACAAAUCAGGUUUUAUAGAGCGCCAUGAGGUAAAGGAAAUGAUACUUGCACUUCUCACUGAAUCUGAAAUGAAGUUACCGGAUGAGAUGAUAGAAACAAUUAUAAACAAGACUUUCUUGGCGGCAGACCCAAACCAAGAUGGGAAAAUAGACGAGAAUGAAUGGGAGGCUUUUGUUACAAAAAAUCCAUCAUUGCUGAAAAUAAUGACAUUACCAUACCUGAGUGACAUAACAACAACAUUCCCAAGUUUCGUAUUUCACUCUAAGGUUGAUGACAACGUUGGUGCUUGACGAGACAAAGCACACAAUUUUGGUUAUGCAAUUUGUUGAUUAAA